AUGCAAAAUUUCCAACUCUUUUCAUCUUCUCGAAAAGCGACUCGUUUUAUUGCGGUUGUUCUUUGCAUCACUCUCUUACUCGUGUCGCAACAGUUCGUUUCUUUCUCGAGUUCUUCUCAGUUCGACCGGAACGAUGCUUUCAUCGGGUACUCGGAAACGUCGUUAACAGAAAGAAGGAUUGGAAAAGUUUCCAGAUAUGAAAUCGGAAACUUAAAACCGUGCGAAAACACGCACGACGACGAGCGCAAAUGCCUCGAGUGGAUGAAAUCUGGAGAGUGCGCGAAGAAUAAAAACUUUAUGCUCGCGAAGUGUCGAAAAGCGUGCCAGAAAUGCGACGAAAUCUACGUGAGAGAAUCGUCCGAGAGAGACGAUUACGUGAAUGUGUUUCUUGACGUUGAAGCGGACCUUUGGGAGGACCAUUUUCGUACGGACGGAAACGACGAAGAAGGACGACGACGUGGUCGAUUAUAUACGAAUCGAGUCGUGUUCGAACUGUUCAACGACACGCACCCAAAAACGAGCGAGAACUUUAGGAGACUGAUAACGAAUAGUAAUUUUAAGAAUAACGAUAUGGGCGCGUCGUCGUCGUACGAAGGCGCGAAAUUUCACCGAAUUAUCACCGGAUUUAUGAAUCAAGCCGGCGCGACGAAAAGCGGGAGCAUAUACGGUCCGAAAUUCGACGAUGAGAACAUAAACAGUCGAUACCACGAGCAACCGUAUGUACUCGCCAUGGCUAACGGUGGUCCGAACACGAACGGGGAUCAGUUUUACGUCACGGUGAAUCCGCAGCCGCAUUUGGACGGCAAACACGUCGUAUUUGGACGCGUCAUAAGAGGCGAAAGCGCGGUGGAAUUUGUCAAUCAAAAGUGCGGUUCGGAAAGUGGGAGACCGAAGUGCGACGUGCGAAUUGUUCGGUGCGGAGAGAUGCUUUAG